AUGUCCUCCGUGGGGGACUCCCAUUGUGGAAGCUCCCUCCAUCAAUGCAGGUUUCGCUUCAGCGGCCGCAUCCUGGGUCUCGCCCUCAUCCAUCAGUACCUUCUCGAUGCCUUCUUCACGAGACCCUUCUACAAGGCCCUGCUUCGGCUGCCCUGCGACCUGAGUGACUUGGAGUACCUGGAUGAGGAGUUCCACCAGAGCCUGCAGUGGAUGAAGGACAACAACAUCACGGACAUCCUGGACCUCACGUUCACCGUCAACGAGGAGGUGUUUGGGCAGGUGACAGAAAGAGAGCUGAAGUCCGGCGGGGCAAAUACCCAGGUGACGGAAAAGAACAAGAAGGAAUACAUCGAGAGGAUGGUGAAGUGGCGAGUGGAGCGGGGGGUCGUGCAGCAAACGGAGGCGCUCGUCCGGGGCUUCUAUGAAGUGAGAUGAUCAGUUUCUUCUCUUCCUCCCCCCCUU